GUUGGGCAUCGGGCAACUGAACCGUUGUGUGCAUUCGAGAUUGCUCACAAAUUAUCCAUUUUAGAGCGAUGCCGGUACUAGCUACUCGAGUCGACAGCAACCAGCAGCCAACGCAAAAUAUUCUUAAUCGUCACUUUGCAUCAUGAGCAAGAGCCUUUACUUCGCGAAGUUUCUGGUUUUCCUGGUCCUGUUUGCAGCCGAACGAAGCGCUGCUUCCUCGAGCUUUCGAAAGCAGCCACGAGGGCAUCACUGGGAGGAAGAAAGAGCAGUAGAGACGACGACGACCAAUGGACGUAACCUAGGAGUCUUUUCUAGCCUAUGGAACGGUGGCUCGCGACUGGUUGGACUUGUUCGCAAAGUAACCGGUUGCGGCACCGAAGAAGACACAGGUACCGAAAGUCCCACUCCCGCGCCAUCUGUUGUUCUCGCCACUUCACCAACACCCGUUCCCAACAUGGCUCCUGCGGCCCCCACUGGACAGCCUGUUACGUUCUUCGUCGACUACCGUGCCCGGUUCAAGCGGAUUGUGGAUGGUGGCUGCGAGAGCCCUACCACCGAAACAAUUUUGGCUGUCUGUGACAAGGGCAGCUUGGAGGUUGACGUUGGCAAAACUUCAGCAGAAAUAGGUUGCGCUCCAUCAUUUGACUACGGUUCAGGUGGUCAAUACACUGUGUGUUCUCUGAAUUGCACAAGCACUGACUGUGAUGAUCUCUAUAUUGACAGGGAUGCAGUUCACAUCUUCAACGUAUGGCAGACAAAUGAGAACUAUGCAGAGAUCCACUUCCGAUGCGCUGGGGCUGAUGAAAACUCAGUUGAUGCCCUCUACAUGAUUGCAGGCAGUGAUACAACAGGUGCAACUGGGAGCUGUGUGGCUGACGGGGACGGCAGUGGCAAGAACUUGCUGCUGGGAGAGCUCAAUGUUGAGUGUCCUACUGAGGAAGGUGACGAGCGAGAAUACGUGAACUCCCAUGCUUUCUCGGAAUGCGGCCCCCUUGAUGCCAUCCCUUUGAAUGUUGACGGCAACUAUACUUGUGUCGCAGGGGAUUGGUGCGGUGAUGAAGCGUGCCAGGUGGAGUACAAGGAUGUCUUUGUCGAGGCUGAUCACCAUCAAUUCCAACAGUGUAUCCAAACUGAUCCAGCCGGUCACAGUGUGCCUCUCCCCAUUGUAACUGUCGAUGACGUCUUGAUGCCAGAGCCAGGCCAGUACUCAUCACAAUUUCAAGUUGGUGCGGAAUUUUGGUUUGAUGAAGAUUCUUGUGAGGCAGAGAACACGGGAGUUCGUAUCACUUGCAUCGAUGGCGCCAUUGGCAUCAUUGCUACUGCUACCGGUGUUCUCUGUGAAACGGUGAGCUCCAGCGAGGUAGUGUGCACUGAAACAAACGGGACUGUUGGUGGAUCAGUGGGUUUUGCUGAAUAUGAAUGCACCUCCACAGAUGUAGUGCCAGCAACACAGGUUGAGUACUCUACAACCGAAGUAGCCUGCACUUCCAGUUCCCCUUUACAAGCCACUCGUUUCAUUGACUUGGGUGUUUUGUGUGGCGUGCCUGGGAGCCAAGAAUACUUUGCAAGCGAUCUAUUCUUUGAAUGUGGACAGCAAAACGAGUACACCAUUCGUGCCUCGGAUGGUCGCUUGACUUGUUUUGAACAAGUCCAAGUACCCGCCAACCGCAACAAUGACCCUGUCACAAUCCCUCCUGCUAGGGCAUUUACAGACUACCGCUGGGCCUUUUUUUCCAGCGGCAUUUGCUAGAGCCACAUUGCAUCAACUGCGUCGGCCGUUUUGAUUCAGAGGGCCACAGCUGUCAAGUCGCUACUCGCUUGAGCCAGGUGACGCACAAAGACGGGGUUGAAUAAUCCAAACCAAGCCGUCUUCACUGAUUUGUUUGAGGCUGCAAAUUGUAUUUUUGGUGGGAACAGCCCACGAUGCGUGGUCUCAAACACCUGGGUGCAUCUGCCAGUAAGGCAAGGGUCGAGGAAGUAGCUGGGUAGUGUAGCAAGCGUAAUCACAUCAUUUUCUGUAG